CUUUGCUCAGCUCAGCUCAGCACAGCCGACCCCCACCACCACGACGGCCACCAAUACCAUCACUUGCCACUUGAAGCGAGUGGAGGAGUGACGGGGUGAGCCUCGCUCUCGGCCCUCGGCUUCCCUCCAGCCCCCACACCAAAGCACAAAAGCCAAGCACACCGUCCGUCACACGGCGCCGCAGCUGCUGCAGCCGCGGCGCAGACAGGCAGGCAGCCUGCCAAGGUUAGGAAACAACGAGAUGGAUACGAGCGAGUGAGAGCCAACGCCACCGCUACGCUAUACUAGCUGAGGCAAGCGAGCACCGCCUGCCUGCCUGCCCCUGCAACAGUGUGUGAAGGGGAACGGGAGUGCGCUGCCGCGCUCCGUGCCGUCGCUCUCACGGACUCGCCCGUCGGGUCCUCGCCCCGGGCAGGCAUGCGCUGAUGGAAUUUAGGGGCCAGGAGGAACCCGCCGAGGGGAUGGGCGCCAGCUCCGCGCCGCCGGUCGCGCCCAGCAGGGCCGCCCCCGCCCCCGCCACGGCCCCGCCCCCGGGGAACCACGCGGCGCCCCCCGAGGUGGCGCGGUACCACGAGUGCUUGCGCAACCACGCGGCGGCGCUGGGUGGGCAUGUUGUCGACGGCUGCGGGGAGUUCAUGCCCGGCGCCGGCGCCGGGGACGACGCGCUCAAGUGCGCCGCCUGCGGCUGCCACCGCAGCUUCCACCGCAAGGACGACGGCCAGCGGCGCCAGCUGCUGCUCCCGGCGCCCGCGCCGCCUGUGACGCCGACGGCCCCGCACGUCCCGCUCCUCCUGCCGCCGCCCCACCCCUACGCCUCCGCCAGCCACCCCCACUACGCGCCGCCGCCGCCGCCGCUCCCGUACCUCGGCACGCCCAGCGGCAGUGGCGGCACCACGACCGAGUCGUCCAGCGAGGAGCGCGGGGCGCCGUCCGCGCACGCCGCGGCGGCGCAGGGACACCUGCGGCGGAAGCGGUUCCGGACCAAGUUCACGCCGGAGCAGAAGGAGCAGAUGCUGGCGUUCGCGGAGCGGCUGGGCUGGCGGAUGCAGAAGCAGGACGAGGCGCUGGUGCAGCAGUUCUGCGAGCAGGUCGGCGUGCGGCGCCAGGUCUUCAAGGUGUGGAUGCACAACAACAAGCACACCGGCAGCGCCAGCAGGAGGCAGCCGCAGCUGCCGCCGCAGGAGCAACAAUCCCAACAGCAGCCGCAGCCGCAGCAGCAACAGCAGUAGCCAUGGCGGGAGACAAGGCUCAGUGCCCCGACAAUUUGCUUAAUCCCCACCUCAUUUUUUUAUGAGCUCCCAGAGAGGUGGGAUUAAACAAGGGAAAUGCAACGCAUAGCUGCCAUGUAUGGAGUUAAGAGUCAUUUUUCAAACCUGACGGAUUUUAGUGGAGGACAUGAGCAUGGAGACUCCUGAGCAGUUUUGGGUAUGGCCGGUCACGUACUCACAUGGCUUCUGUCGCCUCCACCUUCGAGAAGCCAAGGAUUUCUUUCCAUGAAAUUGUGAGGCCCAUGCUGCAAGAGAUGAGACCAUGAGAGGCCGAUAAGGAUGUAAUGAAUGCCCUCCAAGAAAAUUGCGAGACAGAUAAAGUGGGGAUAAUGAGAAACUUAGCAUCACAGGAUUUUGCGUUCUUGAUA